AUGGAACCCCUUCCUCUCUUCCGGUACUUCGUGAAGAUGCAGACGGCUCUCAAAAAGAUUGUGCAAAGUGGUCUGCUUCUAGGAAGCAUCAAAACCGACGGGGAGUUUGACACGCAAUAUGACUCCAGUACCUACAGCGAGAAAGAGCGCCUUCUGGCAGGCGCAGUCAGGAAGCUCUACGGAGGCCUUUCUGAGAAGAAUGUUUUCUGCUGUGGAGGAUCGGUCAAGCUGCCAGAACAUGACCAAAAGUUUCUAAUCGUGAAGCUUUUGGAUGGGGACCCCUGUGGAUGCGCGCUCUCGUCGUCUUUUGACAAUGCCCAAACCGGACCGAAGACUACUCUUGCUGAGAGUAUUACGAACCUCAUCCUCAAAAGUGUGAUUGAGAAGAGCACCGUCGCAGGAUUUGGAGACCUAAAAGAAGGAGCAAACGUGGUCGAUUACACCAUCAGAAAGGCUUGGGAAGCGUACUUUCACCUGGAUUUUGACUAUCCCAACAAGCCAGACAGCAGAAAGUAUAUUCCAGGAUUGUCGAGGGAGGGUCUCGUCCAUAUGGGACAUGGGGGCCAAGAUCGGCUGGAUCGGUUAAAGGGGCGAGCAACGGUCGAAGCGGUCUCAGCAGAGCUACUAGAGACGAGCCAAAAGAAACGGAGCGCGGAGGAUCCGGAGUACUACACAACGACCUUCACGGCCAGAGUCGCAGAAGAAGGUCGCUCCCUGAAGACAACGGUCACCGCGGGCAAGGUGAAGGAGCCCCAGAAGUCUAGAGUUUACCUCGCUUACUACGACAAGGAUGCCCUAGAGCUAUCUUACGAGUGCGAAUGCGGAGAAAGAGCGGCGAAGACCACCCCAACCUGGUGUGACCACGCCGUGGCCGUUCUCAUCAAGAUGGUUGACCCAUACGCGGGCGAAGCGCGCCCGGAAUUUCACUAUCACAAGGCUCUCUUUCUGCAACCCAUCAUGGAGCACAUCAAGGAGCGCAUGAACCAUGGCGCUCGAAUCUCUCUCCUGCCUUACAAGAUCAAUGUCUAUGGGGAGGGCGGCUUCUUCAAGCCCCACGUGGACUCCCCCCGCGACGUGGAGAACAUGGUCGGGACGCUGGUGGUCUGCCUGCCGUCGGAGCACGAGGGCGGAGAGCUUGUCGUCUCUCACACGGGGGUCAACCACGUGUUCGACUUUGCCCCCCUCUCGGGUGACCGCGAGCGAGUCCAGUGGGCCGCCAUGUACGGCGACUGUCUGCACGAGGUCAAGGAGGUGAAGAAGGGCUACCGGGCUACGCUCACCUUCAGCAUCAUCCAAGAAGGAAAAGCAGGGAAGACGGACGACAGGAUAUGGGAUCCUCGCCCUUUGAAAUAUGCUCGUUCGCGCGAUAACUUGGCGGAGACUGGUUACAAGGUCACCUACCCCUCCUCAUCAACCAGAUACGAGUAUCCAGAAAUUGAGGAGGAGUUCAGCGACGGCCCCUGGAACAAGCUGGAGGCAGAGCGGGAGGCGCAGGCCAUCGUGGAGUCCCUUCGAGCGCUCGACCCGGCCCCCAAGUUCGUCACCAUUCUUCUCAGCCACGACUACACGCAGGCCAACUUGCUCCGCCCCGACAUUCUCAAAGGGACCGACUGGCUGCUGCACCAGGCGCUCACCCAGACAUUUCCGGUGGAAGUGCUGACGGUAGUGACGCGCGACCAUUGGACUAUUCCGUACAGUUCUGAUGAAGACUAUAACGGGAUGAGGGGCGCCUCCAGGUUUUCGUGCUACGCUUUCACGAAGGAGGACCUGGCUUGGCUGGUGGGGGAGGGGCCCAAGCCGGCGUACAAGUGGGAGGCGGCCGCGGCCGCGGGCCGGACGCUGCUCGUGGCGCCGACGGCCGCGCAGAAGAAGAAGCUGGAGCAGCGAGAGAGUGGCUACUCGGGGAAUCAGUACGUGGAGGGCGCGGAGUCGCUGUGCGUGUACUUUGAGGCAGCGCUGGUGAUUGAGCUGGCAAAGAACGUUUGA